CGGCGAAAUAUCGAAGGGUCCUGAGUACAACGGAGAGUUGGAAUUGUUAAUCCCUUCAUCUCACAGACAGCAUUGGAACAUUGAUUAUUUGCGUCCUGUACAGUUUCUUUCCAGUCGUCGGUUCUUUCUUCCUUUCCGAACUAUUCUUUCGUUCAAGAGCGGGCGACGACUGGUCCCAGCAGAGAUGGCGCUGGCGAGGCGGAAUGUUCAUCUCGUUGAGCGCAUACAUGGCGUGGCGGCAUACGACUGCCGGCCAAUAACACUUCCUACUAUUCGAUGCGCACGAUCAACACAAACACAUGAUCUUGCAAAUCGAAGAAACUAUUACAGUGUGAUAUCAACGCCUGCGUACACACCACAAUGCGCUUCACAGUUCCGACGCCAACAUUCCUUUCGCCACAGCACCUCCACCAACAUCCCGAUUCGUAACAGAAGGCCGGCAGGAUCGUCAAGAUUAUACCAUCAUGGUGGAGGGACUGCCAAGACGACCCUAGAUCAACAUCAUCGCGAAGUCGAUCGUGUGGCGGAGAGCGUCAAGGGAUUCUACGAUCGCGGCGAGAAGUUCCGCAUUUUCCAUGGCUCGACCAAUUCAACGAGGAAAUCUGCUAUGGGUCGGGACCCCAACAAGGUUGUGGAUACCAGCCGACUGAAUCAUGUUGUGCUCGUGGACACCAACACGCAGUCCGCCCUGGUCGAGCCGAAUGUGCCAAUGGAUCGAUUGGUGGAAGAGACGCUGAAGUAUGGUCUGGUGCCGCCAGUGGUCAUGGAGUUCCCCGGGAUCACAGUCGGUGGAGGAUAUUCAGGGACAUCAGGAGAGAGUAGUUCGUUUAAGCAUGGAUUCUUCGAUCGGACAUUGAAGCAGGUGGAGAUUGUACUCGCGAAUGGUGAGGUGACGACGGCCUCGGAGUCGGUCAAUGCGGAUCUCUUCCACGGUGCGGCGGGCGCCGUGGGCACGCUGGGAGUGACGACGAUGGUGGAAAUUCAGCUGCGCAAGGCGACGAAAUUCGUCGAGACGACAUAUCAUCCCGUGAAGAGCAUGCAGGAAGCGGUCACGAUGCUACAGGAUUUCACCUCGCGCCCAGAAGACUUCGACUACAUCGAUGGCAUCAUGUACUCCCAAACCAGCGGUGCCAUCGUCACUGGACGCAUGACCGACACCCCUAAACAUGGCCUCAACAUCCAACGAUUCAGUGACGCCAAAGAUCCCUGGUUCUACCUCUACGUCAAAGACCGUAUAUCCAAAGCCACGGGCCCUGUUACCGACGCGAUCCCACUCCCCGACUACCUCUUCCGCUACGACCGCGGCGGCUUCUGGGUCGGUACCGCACCUUUCGACUACUUCCCUGCCGUACCUUUCAACGACUUCACGCGAUGGUGGCUUGACGACUUCCUACACACCCGCAUGCUCUAUAAAGCGCUGCACGCGAGCGGGAAAUCUGAACAGAUGAUCAUCCAAGACCUAGCACUGCCCUACGAGACCUCGAUUCAGUUUGUCGAGCGCAUGGAUGAAAUGCUGGGCAUCUGGCCGCUCUGGCUCUGUCCGCUCAAACAGAGCCCGUACAAAACCAUGCACCCACACUACCCUGGCGUCGAAGCCGACGGCAUCACGCCGAAGCCCAUGCUGAACAUCGGCCUGUGGGGCCGAGCGCCGGCGAACAAUCAAUUUCCGGGAGGAUUCGUCGGCGCAAACCGCGCGGUCGAGAGCGUGCUACAGGAACUGCAGGGGAUGAAAUGGUUAUACGCACAGACAUAUUUCAGCGAGGCGGAUUUCUGGCGGGAUUUCGACAAGACUUGGUACGAUUCCUUGCGGGAGAAAUAUCACGCGACCUCUCUGCCGACCGUGUACGAAAAGGUUCGUGUGGAUGUCGAGGCGGAGCACCGAGCGAAGGAGAGCGCGCCGUUGUCGAAACGUCUAUUGGAUUCGUGGCCCUGGAGUGGACUGAAUGGUCUUAAGAGGGCGAUUGAGAGUCGGGAUUACGUGCAGGCGAGGGAUCCGGCGUGGAAGCACUGGGUGCCGAAGGCAUGAAGGGUCCCUCUCUCAUACGUCUUCUUUUAGGAGUAUCACAAAGAAGGGCGGUCUGGCGGUUUGUGACGCCUUGACCUCGCGAAAAUUUCUCUUCGCAAAGAAGAACCUUGUACACUUGUAUCAAUAAAUUAUAGAUCUGCAUCGAUUCGCUGGUCGUCGAAAAUCUGCCUUAAGAGAAGGCCCUGAGUGGACAAACCUUCCU